GGCCAUGUCAAAGCAAGUGAAACCCAAUCCAAUGAAGCCAGGUAGAUGCUGACCUGGAAGAUCCAUGACGUGUCAUGUCACCUUCUUCUUCAAGCUCCCCUCAAAUCUCAACCCCAAACAACCACCACUUCACCGUCGGCCCAAAAGCCAUGAAACCCCCAAAGAAGCACCACAAACACCAACCCAUCACAGAGAUCCUAUGGGUUUCACUUAUAGCCACAUGCAUCAAAUUCCUUCUAAUCCCAGCUUAUCACAGCACAGAUUUCGAAGUCCACCGCAAUUGGCUUGCUAUAACUAACUCUCUUCCUCUUUCUCGAUGGUAUUCUGAUGAAACAAGUCCAUGGACGCUCGAUUACCCACCAUUCUUUGCUCAUUUUGAGCAUUUUCUUUCUUUCUUUGCUUCCCUUGUAGACCCCAUUAUGGUCCAUUUACAUCAUGGUCUUAACUACAAAUCACAACCCACAGUUCUUUUUCAAAGACUUAGUGUGAUAGUAUCUGAUUUUGUGUUGGUUUUUGGUAUUUAUAGAUUGACAAGGAAUUUGGGGUAUAAAGAGAGAGUCUUGAUCUGGGUUUUGGUUAUUUUUUCGCCUGGAUUGAUGAUUGUUGACCAUUUGCAUUUUCAGUAUAAUGGGUUUCUUUUGGGGAUUCUUUUGGUUUCUAUUUCGGCAUUGGAGGAAGGGAAGGAUUUGUUAGGUGGUUUUGUUUUUGCAGUUUUGUUGUGUUUUAAGCAUUUGUUUGCUGUUGCUGCUCCUGUUUAUUUUGUUUAUUUGUUGAGGCAUUAUUGUAGGGGUGGGUUGUUUAGGGGGUUUGGGAGAUUGGUUGUUAUGGGGAGUGCAGUUGUUGCUGUUUUUGCUGCUGCUUUUGGGCCUUUUCUUUAUCAUGGACAGAUACAACAAGUGUUACACCGAAUGUUUCCAUUUGGUAGGGGACUCUGUCAUGCUUAUUGGGCUCCGAACUUCUGGGUAUUCUAUAUAAUUCUCGAUAAAGUGCUAGCUUAUUUGCUUGUAAAAAUGGGGUUCAACGUCCAAGCACCAACAGCUUCAUUCACUGGUGGAUUAGUUGGGGACUCCUCUCCUUUUGCUGUAUUACCUAGAGUCACCCCCAUGAUUACCUUUGGUAUUGUCUUGCUUGCAAUAGCUCCAUGUCUUAUAAAGGCUUGGCGAGAUCCCCAACCAAAGAUGAUUACUAGAUGGAUAGCCUAUGCUUACACAUGCGGCUUUAUGUUUGGCUGGCAUAUCCAUGAGAAAGCUUCACUUCACUUUGUGAUUCCCCUUGCCAUUAUUGCCUUGAAAAGUGUGGAAGAUGCAAAACACUAUUUCUAUUUGUCCAUAGUGUCCUGCUAUUCUAUUUUCCCGCUAUUAUUUGAAGCCCAAGAGUAUCCAAUUAAGGUUCUCUUACUGCUUUUACAUGCUUCACUGAUGUGGAUUGGGUUCUCCUCUCAUUUUACCUCAACUAAUAGAGCAGCUGAAGCUGAACAUACAAGAUAUGACAAAACGAGGUUCAUCGUUGGAUGGUGUGGAAAGUUAUACUUGCUAGGUCUCGUGGCUGUUGAGAUAUAUGGACAAUUUGUUCAUCCUAUCCUCUUUGCUGAGAGGCUCCCUUUCUUGCCUCUUAUGUUGAUCAGCAUAUAUUGUGCAUUCGGAAUGAUGUAUUCUUGGAUCUGUCAAUUGAAGCAGAUUAUCAAGUUACAUUAGCACGGGUAGGUUUCAAAUGCUACCAGCUGCUGCUUAUAUAGAUAGAAUUCGAUACAUGUAGCUAAAAUGCUAAAUCCAGAUUGCCUUUUGUAGCACCAACAGUAAACAGUUUUGAGAGAUUUCAAUCGGAUACCGGAGUUUCUUAAAUACCAAUAGCUUUGUUAUUCACUUGUUUGAGAGAUGUUAAAGUUCAUAUCUUUUUCUUAAUAGAUUUGCAGGAAGUUGUGUGUUAAAAUUUUAUUUAUGAAGAGAAAUCUAAUCUAUCUCUUUGUUUUUGGUA